UCAAAUUAAUGUUUUCUUCCAAGAUUGAUCGGACGUACUUCAAGCCACAUUUUCAACUUAAAUGGGGAAAAUCACAAAAAUACGAAAAAUACAAAAUAAUACUUUUUACAAUAGACUGCAGGUAAACAAAAGGUAAUGGUAACAUAUGGACUGCCAGAAGGGUGACUGGAAGGCAUGGUAUUCCCAGCAAGUCUAGGCCUACGGUUAAGUGUUGCUUCGCUCAGCAGUUGGGCUUUUUGGGCUUGGAAGUCCCUGUCAAGGACCAUAGUAGAGAUGGCUAGGCGGCCUGAAACCUGGUGUAUUUUGGUGACAUUAAUGUUCACACUGUUCGCUAUGAAACCUUCAGGAUUUAGAAACUUCUCCAGUCAUAUACCCAUACCACAGCGUAUCUUCAAAAAAGGCUCGAAUGUUCACGAGUUUGCUGACGGUAAUAUGGUAGUCGUCGACGAGUUUGUGAAACACGGAGAAGUGGACUUUGCGAUGGUGAUGUUUUACGCCCACUGGGAUGGCACGUCACUGAAUACUUCGCAGGAAUUUGAAAAUGUUGCAAAGCAAAUGUCUUCCAUGGAUGUUCCAUUCCUUGCCGUGAACUGUUGGUGGCCGUAUGGAACAUGUGCGCAAUAUCGAGUACUUAACUUCUACCCCCUCAUCACUGUAAUUCAUCAGGCUCUCGGAGAGUUGGAAUACACAGGCUUACUCACUGCAGAAAGCAUGAUGCAAUUUUUAACGCACAUCAUGAAUCCUUUUCAAUACCUUACAGAUGAAAGUAGCGUGAAAUUAUUUUGUGCUGAACAUGAGGUUUCUGUGAUUGGUUAUUUCAACUUCAUGCCUGGAUUGAACAAGGAUUACAGGGAUCCAGAGGGCUUUGGGUCGUUCUUUAAGGCUGCUGUCAAAGCUGUCGUUAAAGAUCCAAUACAGCCCGUUCACUUUGGUGUUGUCACUAAUCAACGUUUAGCCCGACUACUAGCCUUGAAUCAUUCAAAAGAAAUUAUAUUAAGGAGAAAUCUAAAUGAGACUUUAGUUUAUCCAAGACAUUUUGUAUACAAGAGUGAUGUGAUUGUAUCUUGGGCAUACAGACAUAGGUUUCCGGCAGUGUCAUGGUUGAUUCCAACACACAGAAAAAGUUUAAUUUUAUCAAAUUUACUUAAAAAAGGCGCAAGCUUAAUAAUAUUUACUCCUCAUGUGGAACAAAGACAUUUUGACAACAAUAUUCAUUUACUGCGAAUGGUAACACUGGAUUACUUAAACUGCGGAAAUUCAAGCAAUAUUUGGGAUACAAUCCAGACAAUUCAUUCAGAACGCCGUCUUUCAAAAUAUCGUAGCGCAGAUAAAGUCCGGGACCCGGUCCCCGAUACUGCGAGUGUAGAAUGUUGUCAAACUCUAACAAACAACCAAAGAGUUGAAUGCUUAAAAACUCAUUUCAAUACUUGUGAAGUUUGUGAAUACUCUUCGAAUGAUCAACUGAUUGGCAGGGACAGUUGCAAAGUGAACUCCGCGAGUAUUAUUUCAAAAUCGCUAGAAUCUUUUGGAAUGCAUCUAUUCUCAGGGUCUAAUUCUUGUCUUAAUUGGUUGAAUGAUUAUAGUCCUUUCAGCGAAAUACGAGUAUGCUGCAAAACAUUAGAUAAGUUUACCGAUGUAAAUAAAAUUUAUUCCGGGACUGAUCAUCUACAAACGUGUGAUUGUACUAACAUGAAAAGUUCAACGAAGACCUCAAAGAAUUAUCAUCAAGAUUUUGUAUCAGAGAAUAAAAUAAGUGAUAAUAUAAAAGAUGAGAGCGGUUCUAUUUCCAAUGAAGCUCUUAAGUGGAGUGAGAUGACCGGCCUGGGCUGUAGGACAAACAGGACGCUUACUUUCUACGCUGUCCGCUCGGACUUGUUCUGGUCGCUUGCCGAGCAUUUAGGAUUGAAAGAGACUGCUGAUGGUGUGAGAUUAGCAGCUGUUAUCAUUGAUUAUAAGAAUGAAAUCCAGCAUGUCCUACCAUUAGGACCAACAUUAUCUAUUGAUUCAUUACAUAAAUUCAUCUUAAAUUACACCAACGAUGAUCUGCCGCAGUUCUUAAGAAGUUCACCUGAGGUUAAUAACGCUGCGCAUCAAGACAUAUCAUCCGAUAUACGUAUACUUGAGGUUACUGCCGAUACAUUUCAUCAAAUUGUUCUGAACAAUACGCAGGAUGUUCUCUUGUUAUAUUAUGCACCGUGGUGUGGCUAUUGCUUUCGAAUCGCUCCUGUCUAUCUUAGUUUUGCUAAUCUUCUCCGGAAAUUUGGUCUUGAAGGCAUCCUUGUAUCCAGAAUUAAUGCCGAUGCAAAUGACCUCCCGUGGGAGUUCAAAGUGUCAACGUAUCCGACGAUUAUCUUCUUCCCAGUUGGCCAGACUAACGACAGUGUUAAAUUACCAGAAACUGAACAAAUUACGGUGCUAAGUCUUGUCAAAUUCACACUUCAACAUGCAACAAAAUCCAUAUGAAGUCUAUAUAGACGAUCAGAAUUUACUUAGCAGGUAUUUGGCACAGUUUAGGCACGUGAUAAUGGAUACCAAAUAUUACGCUAGGAAUUGAAUCUGUACUAAUUUCUAGUUUUACAGUCAUCGGCAACAUCUUAAAUUUUGAAUCCAUAUUUUAUAACGUUUUAGAAUGAACAAACAUAAUAGAACAAGAAGAAUUUUGCUUUUCAAUAGACACUAAUUGUUGGCUAUUUUAUUAAACCAACUACAAUUUUAAAAUAUAUAUAGAGUAUUAUAGAUAUAAUUAAUGAGGCUAUUCAAACAUUUCACUUUAAAAAAUAGAUUUAUCAACCUUGCUAAGCUCAAUUAUGGGGGUUAAAAAAUAACGGGUUACAUUCAUUUUCGAUAAAUGCUUUUUACUAAAAUUAGACAAAACAGUACUCCAUCGGCUCCCUGUUAUAGAUUUGGAUCUUCCUUUCUUCUCCCAAACUGCCUACCACAAAUACCUAGGAGAUAACAUGGGCCUAACUAUGACCCACUUCCACCUGUGUAGCAGUAUUUUCCUGCUUUAUAUAUUUGCCAUACACAUUUAAUUAUGUUUUAAUUUCUAAUUAAGGAGGGGUUAAACAUUAUCAACAUUCUCACAAGUUUACAAACAGUACACUACGGGGUAGACAAAUUUGUACACUUUUACAUAUGCAUAAAAAUAUUGAUUCAAAAGAACAUGCAAUAUGUAAAAUAAUGGUAAACUUAUAAUGUAACCAUGGAUAUAAAAUAUUCAUUUUUAAGGUACCAAGUACAUUGCUUUAGAUAACUUCACAAGACAAUGCCUGAUAAAGGUUUUGCAAAUUGAACAAUUUUUUGUACGGAGAGUACUGUUUGUACACUUGUGAAAAUGUUGAUAAUUGACCCCUAAAUAUUAUAAAAAUGCCUUACAUAGAUACACUUCCAUAUUUCCAAAAACCUUGUUCGGGUUAAAUAUCAACUAAUAAUUGCAGAUUUUCCAAAACCAGAUUUGUACAAAUAUUUAUCCUUAUUAAAGGCCUGUUUAUACUUCAACGAUAACGAUAAAGAUAAAAAAAGCUAAAAAGCCAUUGUUCAUAUAGAAAACAAAAGAAAUAAGAGAAGUUUUCACACCAGGCCGAUUCGAUAUCGAUUUAUCAUGUAUACGAUAAAAAAUUUUUUUCACAAAUCAAAUCAGAUCAGAUGACGCCAUAAUCAUGAAAAAAACGGUAGAAUCGUUGCUACUACUACGAUGUUAAUGUUUUUCCAUGAUCAUGAUUUGAUUUAUCAAAAUAUGUUGUUAUCGCAUAUCUGAUAAAUUGUUAUCAAAUUAUUCUAGUGUAGAAAUUUCUCUUAUUUCUUUUAUUUUCUAUAUGAACAAUUGCUUUUUAGCCUUCUUAUCGUUAUCGUUGAAGUAUAAACAGGCCUUUACUGUAGUUCUUAAUCCUAUUAGCAAUAUAAUAUAUAAUUUGUUUAAUUAUACAAAAUAUACAUUUAUAUUCUGAUUGCAAAAGGCUAAAAAAAUUGUUGUGUUGCCCUUAAAUGGAAAAAUAAUGGUAAAAUAAUAUGUGUAUCCGAUCCACACGAUUACGCACAGGCAGGUCGAGCAAAACCAUACUGUGGCUAUGAAAGUUGUCCAAACAAGCACAUCUACGUGAUACAAUCGAAGUAAACUUAAAAAUAUUAUGUUUGUGGUUGGCCUAUUGUAACAGAGCCGAAAAUGUCUAGCUAUAUACUGGUUUUAAAGCGUUGGCUAGACCUUAGCCUGUUUUUUUAUUUAUUGUCCAAUAGGCCUAUACUUUAAGGUAAUGAAUACGAUUUUAGAUUCAAGCAGCCACUAGUUGUACAGUAGUAAAGAAUAGGUUAGGCUUAGGCCUAGGCCUAAAUCUGGUCGUGGCUCUUGACAGCUCAGCACGAGAGAUCCGAUGUUGUGUGCAUAUAUCGUUGUCGCGCUCGGUUCUCAAAAUUAUGUCUUCUAUUUUACUGAUUUUACACGUGCAUCUAUGGCCUGAUUUUGGUAAAAAUACAUGUCUGUUUUAGAUUUUAUGUUAAAAUGUUAAUUUCGGAAGUGGUAUUUCUUGAAUUUCUAGUUGAACAAAAUAAAAAAAAAUUAAAUAAAUUGCCGACCCGAUUUUUUGGAAAAUUUUGGUCGGUCUCGGAGGGCAACACAACAUUUUUUUUUUACCUUGUUUAUAAGAUAUCACUAUAUAUCGUAUAUUCUCGCACAUAAGGCGAUCCACCUGUAAAACGACCCCCCCCCCCCUCCAAAGCCCAGAGUUUCCAAGUUUUUGGAAACCUUCAAAAAUUUUAUAAGCGCCGCAUUGCUUAUUCAAGCAUUGACGGUACAUACUGUACCAAAACAAUCUAAUUAUUGCAUUUGGUAAUUGCUGAGGGAUUAAUACUUACUGUAGGCCUAUAUAAAUAAUCAAUUCAAAUAUUGUAGUUAAUUUUUUUUUUUUAAGGUCAAAACAUAUACAUACUUAAAUGGUGCUAAUUUAUGACAUUAUUAAAUAACUUAUGAUGAGUAAUAUAUCAACUCAUAAAACUUUAAUAUUAUAAUGAAGGGUUGACUAAACUUGUAAUAUGUCUGGCAAGUACUAAUUAUUAACUAAUUGAAUUAAUUGUAAGGGGUAUCUUCAGUGGCGUAUCUAGGAUUCUUGAAAUGGAGUAGGGGAUAAUAGGGGUGCAAAGAUUUGUGCUCGAUGAUUAACUAAAGAAGUGCUAGGUCGCAAGAUAAGGUGAUAGAUGGUUUUUAAAAUAUUUGCGCAUGAUUUUUUUGCUUUGCACAUUUUCAAUGGUAGGGGAUGGGGGUAAAAGGGUAGCGCAAGCUUUUUUUUUGUUGGGGGGGGGGUUGUUGUUGGGUUCGUGUGCCUCCUAUGCACCCCCUAGAUACACCACCGUAUCUUGUAUGGUUUGUGAACAUUAAUAAUGUUUGUCUUCCCCUUGUCAUCCUUCUGUAUUGAGUUUUCUGAAAUAAUAUAUUGUCAGAUUCUGUGAUGUUUUGUUGUUUCAUAUCAUGAAGAAAUACAUGAAAAUUAAUUAGAACAAUAAUAUGUUAUGGAACACACUAUAGCCAUGUUGUAAAUUAUUCUAUUGUUCUAAUCGAAGUCCUUGAACCCAAAUCUUUGAUUCUUCUCGGUUGCUGCGUUCGGUGAUCAUAGAGCAGGGGGUGGAACCAGCGGGGAACCCUGUUGGGGGUCCCACCCCUGUCAUAGAGGUUUCUCUAUUUUUAUGAAGUUGUCGUUUCAUAUCUUUACCCCACAUGGAAUGGAUUUAUUUUAAUAUUAUUUAAAUAAAAAAAAUACUUCGAACGUGAGGGACCCUGUUACCUUGUUAAAUAAUACUUUUAACAAACUAAUUUUAAAUUGUAACAAUCCAGCGUAAGAAUAUGAAUUGUUUUGCCGUGAUCUAAUUGCGGUAAAAAUAAAAUCAAACCCAAACAAAUAAUUAAAUAUACUUCUCUCCAUUUUUUUAGCCAUCGCCAUCAUAAUAAUGUAUUCAUUGCUUCUUUAUUUCUUCUCUUGAAUAUAAGAAAAAUAUCUUCCCUAUUAGUGGCAUAAGGUUUUUCCAAUAUAUAUGGUAAUUAUUUGACCAUCAUAGUAAUCAUCUUUGUUCCCUGAGUAGAAUGAGUCCGAACAAUCAUUCGUUUUCCAAUUACCAACUACUGUACUAUUAAUUGAAGUAUUAUUAUAUCUAUAGUUAUAUGUGUGUGCAAUUAAUAUUGUACAUAAUUCAAACAAAGAUUAGAAUUUUGAUUUAUUUUUAUACUUCUUUAUUGCAUGUGUGUAGCGAUGUAGAUGACUAUGUAGUGUUUUUUAUGGAUCGUUGCUGAUUGAUAAUUGAAGAGCAAUUAACGAUGCUGAUUGCUCUGUAAUUGAUCAGGCUUAAAAACCAUUCAACUGAUCAUGACCUCUGCGUCUUCAUUUAUCCUUUCAUAAGUCUCUCACAUGUGAACACUGUUGAUUAAAAUGGGUUAUGGUUAAUGUUCAUAUAUUAAUUAUAUAUAAUCGGUAGAUAGUUAUCUGGUAGAACCAGCUCUGUAAUUGAUCAGGCUUAAAAACCAUUCAACUGAUCAUGACCUCUGUGUCUUCAUUUAUCCUUUAAUAAGUCUCUCACAUGUGAACACUAUUCAUUAAAAUAAGUUAUGGUUAAUGUUCAUAUAUUAAUUAUAUAUAAUCAGUAGAUAGUUAUCUGGUAGAACCAGUGGUGGCGCCAGAUGAGGGACAUAUGCUCCCCCAUCCAUGUCUCCCCCUGACAGGCCUGGACACGCUGUCAUCAGAUUUUACGACAAGGUUGUCAGACCGAAAGUAAUAAUUUAACUAUCCAAAUAACAUUAUUGUGGAUGUAAAAACACAAUUUGGACCAUAUUUAAGCUGCAUUUACACUAGACACAAUAACGACACAAUGACACGAUACAGAUGCGUGCAGUGUUGAAGAAUACAAACUACACGAUGAUAUGUCAUCGUGUUUUUAUCGGUCUAGUGUAAACGCUAACCAAAGGAUAGGGAAAUUUGAAUUUUAGACUACAAAAUAGACAUUUGUUAAUAUAGUAAUAAUAAUAUGAUGAUAUAAUGAUAAUCAUUGAAGUUUGGUAAAUGAAUUUUUAUGAUAGGGGAGUUGCAACAUAAAUUUCAAUAUUUUUUAGAUGAUUCUCAUUAAUAUAUUUCAGUUUGUUUGUUUUUUUGAAAACCAGUUAAAUAUGUAUUUACUAGUGGCGGUGUUGAUACCAAAGCUCAUGUGAUUUAAUAUUAUUAAUUUCACAUGUUGUGUUCAAAGUCAAAAAUCCAAAGGUAAUUGAAGGGCUUUUGGUUAAAAUCAUGUAAAUUAAUGUUUGUAAUUAGAAAACUUAAGAUUCCAUUCAAUGAUAAUUGAUUUAAUAACAUGAUGUUAAACUUGUAUAGCACUUCAUGCCAAAAACAUCUCUAACUGCUUCAUAUUAUUACCCCGGUCACUGGAUCAAGCAAAUAUGGAACACAUACUCAGGUCCCUAUUGAGAAUUCCAUGUUGCAGCUGUAAUCAGCGCAUUUUGUGUUUGAACCUACCAGGUACUCACUUGUACUCCUCGGUGGAGAGAGACAACAUUGAUAUUAAACCUGUCAAAGGAAUAUAGGUUAAAAUCAGAAUACAAUUGACCAGAUAUCUUAUGUCACAAAACGUUUACCCCUAGGCAUGAUUACUUGCAAUAGGCCCGGUGAUGGCGCCAGCAGGGAGUAGGAAGGAAUUUUCCAGGACUGGAACCCCCCCUUGUGAUCCCAUAACAAGAUUGUCGGAUCAGAAAUAAAACGAUAAUAACUUGCAAAUCCAAAUAACGUUAUUUUGUUUGUCAGUACCUAAGCCAUAAAAACUCCCUGUGAAUUCUACAAUGGAUUUUUUUUAUUCUGGGACCUGGAGCUAUAGUCAGCCCCUUGGUUUGGACCUCUAUGUUGGACCCCUUCUCGGCAAAUUUCUGGCUAGUAUUGACUGUUGCCCUCCAUGAUGGUUCCUAGGCUAAGAAAUACCCAGGGGUCGUAACUAAAGAUUGUUGAAUAUUAAUUUCUUAACUUAUGAUUUCUGUCUUUGUUAAAUUAUUACAUUACAAUGGUUAUAAAUUGAAUGUUAUUUAUUAGAAAUAUAUGUAACAUUAAAGUGUUUAAUUUUUAGUUUUCCUCUAAUAAAACAAUGUUAUGUCUCCUGAUUACAUUGCAAUGUAUGUUAAUUUAUGAUUUUGAUUUUGUGUUCUCUUAAAAUAUUCAAAUAAAUUUUAUAUAAUGAAA